AUGGCUUUUGUGGAGGCUGUGUUACCCCCAGCUGGUAUCCUGGGAGGGUUUAACCACUUCCAGGAUAUACAAUCUGAAAGUUUCCAGUGGUGGAAGACAGAAGACUGCCCUGAAACUCCAUCUCUGGAGUUCUUGGAGUCAAACCAACCUGAAGGGAUCCAACAUGUCAAGCAGGAGCAUGAGGAAGCCUAUUGGGACCUUGACUUUCUCCUAAAAAAUUUUUCUACCUCAGGGCAAAAUGCCGGUCUUUCUCGAGUUGACCAAGAGGACCAGACCUCAGUGUCUGCUGUCUGUCAGACAGUGUCAGUUGAGGAGGAAGUCAGCGAAAAGCUCCCAGGAAGCCUCAAGGUUGCAGAAGUUCCUGGUUCCUCAAGCUCGGAAGUCCAGUUCCUGCUAAAAGAGAACUCUGUAAACUGUGCCCCGAUCCUACCCAGUUAUUCCCAGGAUAUAAUAGAGCCCAAUAAGAAUCUAGUAUUUUCCAACAAUCAAUUGCCACACUUUGCCCAGGGAGAUCCUGUGGCUCUUGCCGCAGCAGGGCAACAGCCCAGGGAGCCCAGACAAAAAUCUCUCGGGCAAUAUUAUCAUGUAACCUGUGAAGCCUAUGUACAGCCAAGUCCUCACUUGCUAGGCAAACAUGCUUCUUACAAUCAGUUUCCACCAGCUGCAGUGGCUUCCCAGCUGCCACACUGCAGUCUGCUGAAUGGUUACCAUCCUUUCUCCCAUAACCCAUAUCAAGCCCGAGUUCAAAUGUACCAGACAGAUUCUGUUCUCCAUGCUUUGCCACUCCUUGGUUUCAGGAAACCACCAUCACCUACUAGAGAAGCCAUAGCCAAGCCUAAGAAAGGACACAAACAAUGGUCUCACAAGCGGCCUGCUAGUCACAUCUGCAGCCAUCCCAGUUGUGGGAAGACAUACACCAAGAGCUCCCAUCUCAAGGCUCAUGUUCGCACACAUACAGGAGAGAAGCCAUAUCACUGCACUUGGGAAGGAUGUGGUUGGAAAUUUGCCCGUUCAGAUGAGCUGACUCGCCAUUAUCGUAAACACACAGGACAGCGUCCAUUCAAGUGUCACCUCUGUGAACGUGCUUUCUCACGUUCAGAUCAUCUUUCUCUACAUUUGAAGAGACACGUGUGACAAAUAAACAUUUUGGAUUGCAAUAGAUAUUCUAACUCACAAGGAAACCUACAGUGGGAUAGUGAUUGUGGGGUGAGUG